ACAACCAGCCAAGCUCAGAGUCCCCUCAUUGUUAAAAUGAAAGCGCUGCUCUCCAUGGCAACCGAAGCCCUAUAAGGCUGCCUCCACUAAUCCCCCUGUAGCUUGUGCAAUUCCUGUUUCUUGAUAAGCGGUCUUGCUAGCACGACGGAAUUCCAGAACCUUCCGUCAGAGCCACCUCUGUCUCAUCACCCCGAGCAGGAAGACGACGGCAGGUUGUGAAUAUGGCUCCUGGGGAUCAGAUACUGCCCCUGGUGGUUGGUCUGUGCAUGUCGAGCGCAGCUUUGGCGAUGGCCUACCAGCAAGACGCCGCCGGGACCUUGGUGUGGAACGACCCGACGCAGCUGCGAAGGGACCAGACGGGGGCGCUGGCAGCCAGGCUUUUGCUCGCGGUGCAGUGUCCCAGCCGGGUGGGGGGCACCCUCGAGCAGUGUCAGCAGUGCCUUACGACAGACUUGCUGCUGUCGGUGCUGCCGGGCCCUGGUGGAGAGUACCUGACGGAGGACGAUUUCGGUCGGAUCUCCACCGUCUUGCUGUACUACAUGGUCAACACGGAGCAACUCUGCUUGGCCAAUGUUUCCUCCUCUCCCGGGGACUUUCAGUACUACCUCUCAGCUGUGACGGGCCUCCACCCCCAGGAAGACGAUGAGUACCUCUCCGCCAACGAGACAGAGAGCAUCUUGCGAGUCAUUAGCUGGUACUACCGGGCCAGAGCCCAGCACCCGCGGUGCGUCGACGCCUUGUCCCUGAUGGAGGGGGUGGGCACGGCUGAUGGACGCGGCGCUGCCCCCCAAGCUGUCCCCAGAGUGGCGGGGGCCAUCAUCGGACACAUCCUUCGGGGGCAGUGCUUCAGCUGGAGGAACCUUCCGUCCCCGGGGUUUUUUGUGGACCGCAUUUUCCAGUCCCUGAAUAGAACCAGCGACCUGGAAGUCGCAGACCUGGAGACUUUGCUGCAUCUUCUGGGCGUAGGAGGGGGCGGGGCUUCCCACUUGCACAGCAGGGGUAGGCUGAGCAUUGAAGACCCCUCCCAUGGACUGGCGGCAACCAGCGAAUCAGAGAGCUGUCCUCAGGAGUCACAUGACCACAGCACUGAUUGGACAAAGGUCUGCUUCUCAGCCAGUCAGCUGGUGGAGAUCUUUGUGCUGAAGCACCAACGUCCGAUCUCCAAGGAGCACUUUGGGAACAUCUGCCCAGCCGUUGUGCAGCAGAUGUUGGACCAUGCCUGUAGCUCUGCCGCACAUGCAGGGCACGGCCCAGCUCCGAGCACCAUGGAGAAGUACGGCUACAGCACGGCUGCCGUCCUCCUGGUCACCGUCAGCUCCAUGUUAGGCACUGCGUUGGUCUUCUUCAACUCAUGCCAGGAGGUCUACGACCUUGUGCUGCAGCUCUUCGUGGGCCUGGCGGUGGGGACGCUUUCCGGAGAUGCCCUCCUGCACCUCAUCCCACAGAUCCUCGGACUCCACGACCACGCCGACCACGAGGACGGGCAUGCCGCGGAGGACAAGGACUACCUGUGGAAGACCUUGAGAAUCAUAGCGGGCAUCUACAGCUUCUUCCUGAUCGAGAGGAUCUUCUCGCUUGUCAUGCCAGCGCAUGGCCAGGGACGCUUGUUUGCUGGUGACCGUUCGGGCCGUUCCCAUGAUGUCCCACUGGAGAUGCAUAGGAACGUCCAACCGCAGAUGGGAAAAACCAUCUCCACCAUGCAGCUGGGUGCUCUGGAGGACUCCGAGUGUGUCGAGAUGCCCCCUGACGGGCCUGAAGCUCGUGCCCCUCCCCUGCCAAAGAAGCCAGGGAUGUCGCUGCUGGCGGUGAUGGUGAUCGUGGGGGACAGCCUGCACAACCUCGCCGAUGGGCUGGUCAUCGGGGCAGCAUUCUCGUCCUCUGUGGAGAUGGGCACCGCCGCCACCGUGGCGAUUCUGUGCCACGAGAUCCCGCAUGAGAUGGGUGACUUCGCUGUCCUGCUCAGCUCCGGCCUCUCUGUCAAGGUCGCCGUGGUGAUGAACUUCCUCAGCGCCCUCACCGCCUUCCUGGGGCUCUACAUGGGCCUCUUCGUCUCCACGGACACGGCGGUGCAGCACUGGAUCUUCUCCGUUACCGCCGGCAUCUUCCUCUACCUCUCCCUUGUGGAAAUGCUCCCAGAGAUGAGCCAGGUGAGGACCAAGCGUCCUUGGCUGAUGUUCCUGCUUCAGAACCUGGGUCUCCUCCUCGGCUGGGCAUGUCUCCUGCUGGUGGCCCUCUUCGAGCACCAGCUGGAGUUCUGAGGGAGCAACCGGUCGCUGCCCUGAUGGACAAACUGCACCCCUUCCGGUUAUGUGGCCCCCUCUCUCACCUCUGCCGCCCACCAUCUUGCUUUGAAGUUAGAAGCACCUUGCUGAAUCUGUAGAUGGUACUAGGCGAGGAAAGGCUGAGAAAUGGCGACUUUGAGAGCUCGCUGUUUGACUGUCCCUGAACCGGCGAGCUGCACUGAGAUUUAAAUGGUAUGGGGGUCCGACAAACCCCUCCCCCCACUGGAGAGAACCACUCACUGCUAGAAUGGUAAAGACCUUCUGUCCUUCUAACCCACAGUCAGACAGAAUUUCUUCAUCUCUUCCAACAUGUCUCACACUAAUACUAUAAACUCCACCCUCCCCUUGGUCACAUGACCCGAUGGUUUUUUUUAAUUGUUUUUUGGUGAGCUUUUAAGGGAUUAUAAGCUUGGGUUCUCCAGUCUCUCUCCAGGAAGCCACGUUCUGCAGUCUUUGCUUGGAUGGUCCUUCAUAUGGGAAGUGCACCAAAUUAAUAGCUACCUGCUACCUACUGUGUCUCUAUUAUGGUUUUCUGUUUUAUAGAGUAAAGUACAGGAUAAGAGAUUCUUUCAUAGAUCCUUUUGGAAUAUCUCCAUGUACCAGUGUAAGAUAAUGUUUGACAAUGAAUAAAUUUCUCUGUAAUAA